UGAUUUCGCUCUGCUCUCGCGCCUGUGGUCGUCGCUCAUGCUUUCCAACUCGCUUGUUUUCCUCUCUCUGUCAUCGGGGAGAGAAAGAGGGGGGAGUGCGCUGUUUCUCUCUCCCUGCCCCAGACCCUCCUCCUCUGGUAGCCCGUCCAUCUCAGAAUAUCGGCGGUGAGUUUUAUGGGGAGAGUGGCCGCUCCCUGCAGCGGCCCCGGCAGGAUCGUGUCCUUUCUCACCGCAGUUCCGUGCUUAUCCUGCAAACAGCGGCGGCGGCGGCGGCGGCAUCAUCAUCAGUCUGUGGCAGUGGACCGGGGCAGGAGGAGCAUGAGCGAGCAGGGCAAGAGUGCCGCGUCCACGCCAGCGAGCGGGACACCAGCCCCGGGCUCGGACACCUACAAAGGUUGGCUCUUUAAAUGGACUAACUACAUCAAAGGUUACCAGCGCAGAUGGUUCGUGCUCAGCAACGGGCUGCUGUCCUAUUACAGGACACAGGCAGAGAUGGCCCAUACGUGCCGUGGCACCAUCAACCUGGCCACAGCGCACAUCGACACCGAAGACGCCUGCAAUAUUGUUCUGAGCAGUGGGGGGCGCACGUACCAUCUGAAAGCCAGCACAGAAGUGGAGAGGCAGAGAUGGGUCACAGCACUGGAGCUGGCCAAGGCCAAAGCCAUCCGAAUGAUGAACGAUCAGUCCGACAAUGGCUCCACAGCCCAGCUAACACACUGUUAUCAGUCUGGUAAGGUGACUGGGCUUCUUACACAGGCUUUGCAUCAUGUUUGCAGGGCUGCUGUGUAGUUCAGAGUGUUUGCAGAAAAUUGCAGGGCUCAGCUAAAAUUAUUUUCUUCUUCUGGUCCAGUCAGGAGAUCAAAUUUACUCUGGCCAUGUCAUUGGAUUUUUACUGGCCAGACCAUCAAAGUGUCUAUUUAUAUGCAACAUUAUAAGUGGACCUCAGAGAAAAGUACAAAAUGAAAAACAAAGGCAGUUCAUGAACAUUAAUUUUUUUUUUUAAUGUUAUUAAGAACUGGUAAACCAGAUAUAAUGUAUGAAUUCAUGGAUGCACUUAGUCUGAAAAAACAAUGACAUAUGAUGAUUUAUCAUUUUCAACACAUUCUAAAUUCUGAAGAAAAAAAAAGACAUGACAAAGCAUCAUCCACAUCAGCCAGCUGGCUAACAUUACCCUGAUGAUGCAUUUCAAUUAUCAGAAUUGAACAACAAUGUUCAAUAUAUAAUAGAAAAUCAAAAAGUGAAAUAUGAAUAGAAUUUUAAAUGAAGACUUGAGACUCACACAGAUCUCACACUGAGCCCUGGACUGAUUGCAUUCGGACUGGACUGGCUCAAAAAUGUUGUUUUUUUGGAUUGUUUAGUUUGUGGUAACUGCUGUGGGCCACUGCAUUGCUUCAGAUAGGUCAAAUCUCUCUUUCCACCAAAGAUAUCUUUGACCUGAACAGUGAGCUGUCACACGGAUGGUAUUACCCUUUGGCUUGAAACACUACAUACUGUAGAUCUGUUCAUGCUUCUCAUUGACUGAAUGCUGAACCAGGCUAGAUGAGAUGGUACCUCUGGGUUUCAGGACUGCACGGAGCAUGAUUUUAUUGCUUAUGUUUAUGUAACUGCUAUUAAAACUUUAGGACCUCUAGAGGACAUGUUUACAUGGACUGUAAGACUCCAGCUAUUUACUACUUUAGAACUGAGAGUUGGAUAUAUACAAUGUGAAGACAACAUUCAUUAAUCAACAACCUCAAAUGCAAAUGGCAAUAUGAAUUUUAAUAAUUUUGGGAAUGUUAGGUCUUGUUCAUAUUAUUGCAGUCUAUGUAAAUAUAGCCCGUGCCUGCUAUUUUGCAGCUCUCUCAUCUUACUUGAAAUACAAGGCACUAUUUGGUCAAAGCUGUUGAUGCAUGUGUUUAAAGAUAUGUGGUAAUUUCCUUAGAAUUCAAAAUCUCCUUCCAGGGUGUUAGAUCGGCUCUCCACACCAGACAAUAAUUAGGAUCCAGCCCCGGAUGCCAGAUCCUGUCAGAAAAUAUCAGUUUGUCCAGUAACAGAACAACUAGUCAGCAGCGCUGUUAAUACCCAAACGAUGUUAAAUAGCAAGUCUUGCCUAGUAUCCAAAAAAUAAAUAAAAAAUAAGUAUUUAACAGUCUUCUGUCAGUCAAGAAGUUGACUGAUAAAAAAGCAGAGAAAAAAACAAGGGAAAAUUAAAGCUGCAAGCAGCGAUGAACGGGCCCUCGCACCCGGGCUCACCGCCAUCGUGUGGCUUUAGUAAAAAGGUGUAC